AUGGACUUCCCAGAGGAGAAAUCAGCGCCGCCGGACACAAAGGACGUGGAGCAUGUCAUCGCAUCUUUACAGCAAAUCAUCAAACAUGAAGACGUGCGCGCUGACGUUGUGGCCAACAAGCAACUACGAAACCGUCUGGCUGAAGCGUGUCGCCACACGAUGCUUCGGUUAGAGCAACCUUGGGACAGUAUUCGACGUUACAACUAUGCAGUGUUUGACGUUGCUAUCGCCAAGACGGGGCAUUCAAUGGGCUUGUGGGCCGCUCUGGUCGCACAAUCACCAAAGCCCGUUCACGCCACACAACUGGCAGAAACAACCGGGGUUCAAUUCGCUCUACUGAUGCGCCUCCUCCGUUACGCGACUGCUCAGAGCAUGGUAGAGCAAACUGAUGUGCUGUCCUUUCGAGCAAUCGAAGCCACUCGAACACUUAGCAUGCCAUUGAUGAAAUCCUCGUUCGCUGUCGCCACAGAGAUUCUGUUCCCUAGCGCUCUGGCCAUGGAUGCCUACUUCAAGUCAUCCGGUUCGGAAGAGCCCACAGAUAGGGGUAACACACUGUUUCAGCAAGCCUUCAACACGAGUCAACACUGUUUCGAAUGGCUGUCUGCUAAGCCCGACUUGGGUCAAGACUUCUUCAACUUGAUGAUCGUCAGGCGAGCAGGACUCAAGACUUGGCUCGAAGGUUUCGCCGUCGAAAAGUACAUCGAUGUGAAUGACAACACUGACCGUAUACAAUUCGUGGACGUAGGCGGUGGAACUGGCCAACAAGCUCUCGCUGUCUUACAAAAACACCCAGAAAUUGCAGGCAAAGUUGUCGUACAGGAAACACCCUCUCUGGGAGCCUUGAAGCUCCUCCAAAAAGACCCGCAAGGCUUGACUCCUAUGGCUGCCGACUUCUUCCAACCAAAUCCGCUGAAAGGUGCCAAGGCAUACUACAUGCGCAACAUCUUGCACGAUUGGCCCGAUGCAGAAUGUCGGGUUAUUCUUGGUCAUUUGAGAGACGUUUUGGAGGAGGAUUCGGUGAUUUUGCUCGAUGAUCUUGUCGUUGAUGAUAUGGAGAUGCAUUGGCAUCCCUCCGCUACCGAUUUGACUAUGAUGACGCUUUUGGCUGCCAAGGAGCGGUCGCUGGCCGAAUGGAGUGCUCUGAUCGAGUCGGUUGGGUUGGAGAGGCGGGAAAAUGUGGCGUAUGAUUCCUACGGAUUGAAUAUUCAGGUAUUGGGCAGGAAAUCAUAA